CUGACCUGAUACUCAAUUAUAUCCAAAUAUCGACUCCUAUCCCAUACCUUUCUUCACUUUGUAAACUUGACCCAAAACAUCCGCAACAGCUACAGGCUGCUUGCACCUCGCCCGUUCUCUAUCUCAGAUUUCCUAUACCAUACCUGCUUCAGCCAUUAACAAAUGGCCACCAGGACACUUGAAGCGCGCCUUGAGCGCCUUUCAGUGAAGGAAGAAAACGACAAGCCGCAAAAUGGUAGCAUCUGUCAGAAGUCUAAGAGCUCGUGUUCAACAGCCAUGCCCCUUUCUAGUACCGGGCAAUACAACGGCAGCAGCCGUUCCAACUUACUCAAGCUCGCCCUGCAGAACACGAACGAGAAUAAGGUGAACGCAAUGAACGUUGGCUCAUCACCGAUCAAGAGUUCACAGAGUGCACUAUCACACCGGAACCUCGAUGAGAACGGGGAACAACGGCAUUCAAACCCACUUUAUGACCAACCGUCCCCGAAGAAAUUACAUUUAGGAAUGUUUGAAAUUGGCAAACCUUUGGGGAAGGGGAAAUUUGGUCGAGUAUAUCUAGCAAAGGAGAGAGCUUCAGGCUUCGUGUGCGCGCUGAAAGUGUUGCAUAAAUCCGAGUUACAGCAGGGUGGAGUACAAAAGCAAGUGCGACGCGAAAUCGAGAUACAGAGCAACCUCCGUCACCCUAAUGUCUUGAGGCUUUAUGGACACUUUCACGACAGUAAACGGAUCUUCCUUAUUCUCGAGUUUGCUGGACGAGGCGAACUAUACAAGCAUCUUCGGAAAGAGCAUCGUUUCCCUGAGUGGAAGGCUGCACAAUAUAUUGCUCAAAUGGCUGCUGCUCUUAAAUACCUACAUAAGAAGCAUGUCAUGCACCGAGACAUCAAACCAGAAAACAUUCUUGUUGGUAUUCACGGGGAAAUUAAAAUCAGCGAUUUUGGUUGGAGUGUUCAUGCACCAAAUAACAGGAGGCAGACCAUGUGCGGGACACUGGACUAUCUGCCUCCCGAAAUGCUUAAACCCGGAUCCCAGGACAAUUACUAUAAUGAGAAGGUCGAUUUAUGGAGUCUCGGUGUCUUGACUUAUGAGUUUCUCGUCGGGGAAGCGCCCUUUGAAGAUACUCCUGUCAUGACACAGCGACGGAUUGCCCGAGCCGAUAUGAGUGUACCCUCGUUUGUGAGUUCAGAAGCAAAGGAUCUCAUCAAAAGACUACUUGUACUCGACCCGGAAAAGCGAAUUUCCUUGGACGAGAUUCAACGUCACCCAUGGAUUUUAAAGCACUGCGUGAAGGACCUGAAGCGGAGUCCUAGUACAUCAAAGGAAGUCAAAGCCUGACUGUUUGGUCUUCGGCAUUGUAGGGCGUUUGGGAGUCUAGAAAGACUCAUUCUUUGUAGUGUCUUCCUUUCCAUUCUUCAUGGUUCCUCGUCACGGAGUAAAUAGCAUUGGUGUUCUUCGUCAAUAUAGAUGCUGGUUUUCUUAUUU